AGUAUAUAUCGAGCUUUUGGGCGGAUACUCAAAGAAACAAACAAGGUGGACAAACUGAAGAGGUCCCCGUCUACUACUCUCUGGAUCGUCUGUCUCUCUGCAUCUCACGGCGAUAUAAAAACAAGCUGGUGGUAAAAAUGAGUUACUUCAGCACGCUAGACAGACAGCUAAAUUCAGCUGUGGACAGCCUGUUUGGAGAGAGAGAUCCCAGAGUGCGAGGAUGGCUCCUACUGGACUCCUAUCUGCCCACAGUCCUGUUCACGCUCCUCUAUCUGCUCAUAGUGCUGCUAGGCCCCCUCUACAUGAGGCACAGACCAGCCUACUCCCUCAAAAGGGUCUUAGUGGCCUACAACUUCUUAGUCACAAUGUUGUCCUUCUACAUGUUAGUUGAGCUCAUCUCAGCGACCUGGGCGGCUGGCUAUCGACUCCAGUGCCAGGGUCUGAGCGAAGUAGGAGAUGCAGACGUCAGGGUGGCCAGAGUGCUUUGGUGGUACUACUUCUCGAAGCUCAUCGAGUUUAUGGACACCAUCUUUUUCGUGCUGAGGAAGAAGAACAGUCAGAUCACCUUCCUGCAUGUGUACCACCAUGCCUCCAUGUUCAACAUCUGGUGGUGUGUACUCAACUGGAUCCCCUGUGGGCAGAGUUUCUUUGGGCCAACCUUGAACAGUUUCAUCCACGUGAUGAUGUACUCGUACUACGGCCUGUCCACUUUCCCCUCCAUGCACAAAUACCUGUGGUGGAAACGCUACCUGACGCAGGCCCAGCUGAUUCAGUUCUUCCUGACCAUCAGUCACACACUGAGUGCGGUCAUCGUGCCAUGUGGCUUCCCCAUUGGCUGCUUACUCUUCCAGACGAGCUACAUGUUCACUCUUGUUAUUCUCUUCAUCAACUUCUACAUCCAGACAUACAGGAAAAGGACACCCAGGGAUGCGGGAAAUCGGACUGAUGCUGACGUCAGCUCUCAUCUAAAUGGCCAUUUUGCCUACGUCAAUGGGACCACGACAAAGCAAAAGGUCAAGUGACCUGCCUCGGGGCCAGAUGAUUGUAUCAAACCUAAAUAUGCUGAGAAAGUAGAACAAAAGCAGGGAUUAUCAUUUUUUGAUUGUUUGUUUUUGCCAUUUUGAUCUUGAUUUCUGCCAUUUUGAUCUUGAUUUCUUUCUUUCUUUUAUAACUUUUAAUUCUUUCAAGGUUUUUAUUAAUUAAAGUGACUCAUAUUGAAUGCAUGGGAAGGUGCUUUCCCUUCCUUCAGGACAGAAGUUGGAGAUAAAUCCCAUUGACAUUGUGAGACAUUUAAUGGCAGAAUAUUACUACUAUAUCCACUGCUGUACAUCUUGUUAGUGUAGACACUUAGUCAUGGAGGAAGCAGAAAUACUAUUUUUUAUGAAUAAAGUGAUACUACUGAUUACAUACAAGGAAUAUUAGCCAAGCCAUGUAUUAACUCCUCAUAGAACAUGAAUGAAGUAUAACAUUACAACAAUACACAUUUAGCUAUCAUUCAACUAAAGUUGCCUUAGACACACAACAAGAUCCCUCCAUCUGAUUAUGGCAGAUGAUUUUACAAUGUUUUUUGAAUGUCUUAGUUUUCAGCUGUGACAAUAUGAAUAUAUCUUGUAACAAGAAUUAUUUUAACAUUUUACAGAAUCUCUUCACUGUGUUUUGUAGAU